AUGUUACUAACACGUAUUAGCGUAUCCUACAUAAAGCAUGGGCUGAAACUGUCGUCAUGCGGCACAAACAAUAUCAUAAUUAUACGUUGUCUGGCAGAGCAAGCAAAGGUCGUUGAUUCGGAACCACUGAGGAAAGAAUCGUUUCAAUAUUACAGUAUCCCUUCACAAACAAAUCCAACGAAUAGCCAAAAUCAAUCGCGUCAGGGAACGGACAUAGCCGUACGCCGUAUUAGCCUUAUAGAUCUGGCCAAAAGUAAGCUUUACGAAGCGCAAAGCUUCUACGAUGAGUUCAGCGGAAUGAACGAGGUGAAAUUCGCUCAAAACAGGGUGAUAGAAAUCCAGGAUCAGCUGCAGCUGGUACAGGAACGGCGGCGGCAUAUUUUAUUAGAAUUAACCCUAGUACGCAAGCAGCUGCAAGACAUUUACGUGGAGCUGCAGAAGGCAAUUCGUGGCGAACAUCGUUAUGUAGAAUUGAUCAAACAAGAAUUCGACGUACUGGCUCGGGAGAAGGAAAAAAACCAAAUUUUCCAAAUCAUCGACCAGGAAGAACGGGAACUAUUUUCCCACCUGACGGCGGCGGUUAAGACGUCACACGAGAAAGAACGAACUCAGGCUAAUAACGUGAAAUACUGGUCAAUCAUAGCGUCCGGUGUAGGAGCACUACUGGGCAUUAUAGCCACAUCGAUCAACUACUAUUUCCGCAACACACAGUUCGAAACCAUAAGAAAAGCGGCUGAAGAGAGCAACCGUAAGCUGGAGUCGGUGGAGCAAAAGCUAAUCGAAAUGGAAACGACGAUUGAACGAAUGAACGUUACUUGGAGUCGACAUUUAACGACUAACCGAGCAGUCGAACAGCGAGUCCGGGUGACUGCAGAGUCUUGGGGAAGCUAUCUCCGACGACAUACGGCGCGAUUCUUAAGAAUUUUCCUACCGAAGGCAUAG